AUGGCUGGAAAUGGAGGCAUAGAUGGUACAAGGAAGAUCGGAUUGAAAGGUGGGGAUGGUGGACUGGUGGCUGGAAGUGGAGGCAUGGAUGGUACAGGGAAUAUAGGUAUAGAAGGUGGGGAUGAUGGACUAGUGCUUGGAAAUGGAGGCAGUGAUGGUAUAGGCAAGCCUGGAAUUAGAGGCGAGGACGGUGAACUAGGCGACCCUGGAAAUGCAGGCACGAAUGGUAUAGGGAAGCGUGGAGCUAGAGGCGGGGAUGAUGGACUAGUGCUUGGAAAUGGAGGUAGUGAAGGUAUAGGCAAUCCCGGAGUUAGAGGCGAGGACGGUGAACUAGGAGAGCCUGGAAAUGGAGGCACAAGUGGUAUAGGAAAGCCUGGAACUAUAGGCAGGGACGAUGGACUAGUGCUUGGAAAUGGAGGCAUUGAUGGUAUAGGCAAACCUGGAAUUAGAGGCGAGGAAGGUGAACUAGGAGAUCCUGGAAAUGAAGGCACAAUUGGUAUAGGGAAUCCUGGAACUAGAGGUGGACUAGUGCUUGGAAAUGGAGGCAGUGAUGGUAUAGGUAUGCCUGGAAUUAGAGGCAAGGACGGCGAACCUGGAACAAAAGGUGCAGAUCGUGGACUAGCGCCUGGAAAUGGAGGCACAGAUGGUAUUGGAAAGGUGGGAACAGACGGUGGACUAGUGCCUGGAAAUGGAGGCAUCUCAGAUGGUGCAAAGCGCGACGGGAGUAGAGGUGGCAUUGUACCAGAAAAUGGUGAAGGAGACACAGAAAUAGGACUUGAUGCAAAACACACAUGA